AGGAAACAAAAAGAUUAAAAAUGAGAGUGGCGGUGAUCGGAGGUGGAUUAAGUGGGUUAGGAAGUGCCUACGUUCUUGCAAGAGAAGAUGGAAUCGAGGAGGUGGUGUUGUUUGAAAAGGAGUCUUUUUUAGGAGGCCAAUGUAAAACAAUGCGUCUCGAUGGUGUUGAUUUAGACGUUGGAUUCUUCCACCCUGUUACAUGUCCGCACAUGAUGAGUUUCUUCAAGAACUUAGGAGUAGACAUAGAGGUUUCAAACAUGUCUUUCUCAGUGAGCCUCGACAGUGGCAUAUACUACGAAUGGGGGACCCGCAAUGGACUUUCAAGCUUGUUUGCUCAGAAGAGAAACAUUCUCAACCCCUAUUUCUGGCAAAUGAUUACAGAAUUAAUUAAGUUUAAAGAAGACGCACUAACAUAUAUCGAAGAGCUGGAGCGUAACCCUGAUACUGAUCGAAACGAAACCUUAGGAGAGUUUCUCAAGUCUCACGGAUACUCUGCCUUGUUUCAACAGGCUUACUUGCUACCAGCAUGUGGUUCCAUAUGGCCAUGCCCACCAGACAUCGUCCUUAACUUUUCGGCUUACUCUAUUCUGUCUUUUUGCCGCAACCACCAUUUACUUCAGACCCUUGAGAGGCCACAAUGGCUGACUGUUGCAGGACGUUCGGAGACUUACGUCGCAAAGGUUAGGGCAGAACUGGAGCAACGAGGAUGCAAGAUUCGAAUGAGUUGCAAUGUACUGUCUGUUUCAACAUCUGAGGAUGGUUGCAUCUUAGUAACAGCUGAAGAUGGAUCUUACGAAGUAUUCGAGAAGUGUAUAAUAGCUGUGAACGCACCAGAUACUCUGAGAUUGCUCGGAGAAGACGCCACCUUUGAUGAAACCAGGGUUCUUGGUGCGUUCCAAUACGCUUACAGUGAUAUUUAUCUCCACCGUGACACUGAUCUGAUGCCAAGGAAUCCUAUUGCAUGGAGCGCUUGCAAUUUCAUAAGAAGUUCUGAAAGUAAAGCGAGCCUCACAUAUUGGCUCAAUAUAAUUCAGAAUCUUGGAGAGGAAUAUGAUCCAUACUUUCUAACAAUUAAUCCUGAAGUUACUCCAAAGAAGACAUUGUUUAAGUGGACCACUGGUCAUUCUCUGCCAUUUGUUUCUGCUUGGAAAGCUUCACAAGAGCUAAACAACAUUCAGGGGAAGCGCGGUCUAUGGUUCUGUGGUGCAUAUCAAGUAGAUCCUAACAGAGUAUGUGAAGAAGGAAGAACAAUGUUCACUUUCAAAGGAAAGGAUUUGAGAUGUAACUUAGAAUCUGUCAUAAAUAUUCACAGUCCUCACUUUUACUGGAAGGUUAUGACACAAGCAGAUUUAGGACUUGCCGACGCUUAUAUAAAUGGAGAUUUUUCGUUUGCCGAUAAAGAAACAGGACUUCUCAAUUUGAUCAUGAUUCUCAUUGCUAACAAAGAAUUGAACUCAAAGAACUCAAAUCUUGCUAAGAAAAGGGGUUGGUGGACACCGAUGUUUAUAACUGCUGGUUUAGCAUCUGCAACACAUUUCCUAAAGCAUUUCUCUAGGCAGAACACUUUAACUAAAGCUCGAAGGAACAUUUCACGUCACUAUGACCUUAGCAAUGAGCUUUUUGCUCUAUUCUUGGAUGAUACCAUGAGUUAUUCAUCUGGGAUAUUCAAGCCAGACGAUGAGGAUCUGAAAACUGCACAGAUGAGGAAAAUAUUUAUUUUAAUUGAUAAGGCAAGAGUAGAGAAGCACCAUGAGGUUCUAGAGAUUGGAUGUGGAUGGGGAACUUUGGCCAUUGAGGUUGUGAGAAGAACUGGAUGCAGAUACACUGGCAUCACAUUAUCUAUUGAACAGCUUAAAUAUGCAGAAGAGAAAGUGAAAGAAGCUGGACUUGAGGACCGGAUCACCUUUAAGCUCUGCGACUAUCGUCAACUAUCUGAGGCUCACAAAUAUGAUAGGAUUAUAUCUUGUGAGAUGAUAGAACAUGUUGGUCAUGAGUUUAUGGAUACAUUCUUCAGUCUUUGUGAAGCUGCACUUGCAGAAAACGGAAUCUUUGUCUUGCAGUUCAUAUCAAUACCCGAAGAGCGUUACAAUGAGUACAGACUAAACUCAGAUUUCAUAAAAGAAUAUAUCUUCCCAGGUGGAUGUAUUCCUUCUUUAGCCAGAGUUAUUUCUGCCAUGGCCUCUUCUUCUAGGUUGAGAGAAAUCAGGAAUCUUGGAUUCGAUGAUAAGUUCAUAAGGACGUGGGAAUAUUAUUUCGACUAUUGUGCAGCUGGUUUCAAGACUCUUACCCUUGAAGACUACCAGGUAGUGUUCUCACGUCCGGGGAAUGUAGCUGCAUUCCGAGACCCAUUCCGUAGCUUCCCUUCUGGUCAAUAAUUAAAUAAGACUUGCAAAUGGUGUUGUUUCCUAUUGAAAGUCUGCACUGUGAGAAAGCAUCUGUAAACUUGCAAACAAUAAAAAACUGCGUUCAUGAUUCUGUACCAAUAAUCUUGUAUAUGUCUAAACCAUGUAUCAACUUAUUCCACAUCAAAAGAUCAUAA